AUGAUUAUCCCCACUAAAGAGAUUAAGAAAGUUCAUGAAUUCAUUUUCAGAAACGGCUGUAUUGUGGUAGAAGAUAAACCAACUUUUGAUUUUCAUCCUUUAAUUGAUGUAACAAAUCAUAAAGUUAUGAAGAUAGUUAAGAGUAUGAACUCAAAAGGAUUAUUUGAUAGGCAGUUUAUUUGGAAGCAUGCUUAUUAUACACUUAAUGAUACGGGCGUAGAAUGGUUGCGUAAGAAGUUGUAUCUGGGGAUAGAUGAGUACCCGGCCACCCACACUCCAGUACCUGCGGCUGAGAAAGAGGUAGUGGCUGAGGCUGGUGCUCCCCACUUUAACUAA